AUGAAUCAUCAAUCAUGGAAUGAUCCUAAAGAAGCGGUUGUUAAUCCAGAUGUAUUAGCAAAGAUGAUUCAACAAUUUACAGAUCAUGCGGAUAAUAGUGAAAACAAAGGUGACAAUGAUUCGCCAAUUAUAUCAGGUGAACAUCAAGAAACAGUCAGAGAUGAAACACCAAACAAACGUAGAAGAAAUCUAAUUGAUGGUGAUAUUAGUAUUAUGCAAAGUCCGAAAAAUCGCCGCAUUCGCGGUAGUUUUGGAAGUAAAGAUCAAAUUGUUCGUGGACCCAUGGCGAUACGCAAUCAAACCUACAUCCAUCGAAAUGAAUCAAAUAUAAACCAGAACAAUAAUCAACAUCAUAAUCAACACUCAGCUAAUGUAAAUAAUAUAAAGAAUAAUAUGAAUAUAAAUGAAGAAUUUUAUCGUUAUAAAAUAAAUGAUCAAUCAUUAACAUACUCUGUUGAUACCCAUUUACCACCAAUUGUAUUUGAAUGUCGACCAAAGGUAAAAGAAAAAGAUGCAGCUAAACAACUGGUUAUGUUAUUUUUCAAAGAAAUCGAAAACGAUUUUCGACAGAAACAUCCUAACCAUAAAAGAGCUAUAGGUUUUGAUCAUUGGUGGCAAGACUCGGACGUUGUUCGUAUUUUAGGUGAAGUUAAGGAUGUUGAUUUAUUUAUUUACUUAUGUGAUGCAAAAAGAUAUCCAAAAAAAUUAAACAAUGUUAAUAUUCUUCCUGAUCCACCAAAACGUCUACCACCUCGAAACACUGUUGUAGUUAAAUUUGUGAAAAAUGAUAUUGACUUUGAUGAAUUUCGUCUAGAUUUAAAGGAACGAUAUCAAUCUAUCUUCACAGUUGAGAAUAUGAUGGGCGCUAUGCGCUUCAACAGUCGGCACAUUAGGAUGGACUUUGGUGAUAAAAACGAUUAUGAAUCAAUACCAAAAUAG